AUGCCUGAUCAGGACAAAAAGUUGAAGAGCACAGAAAAGGCAACAGACAAAAAACCUCAUGGGAUAUCUAAGAGGGAUUAUUCUGAUCUUAAAAGACUUCUGUCUCUCUUAAAUGUGCAGUUAAGGAACCAACAGCUUCCACUUACACAUUUUGAAAAUCGUCGAACCAGUGUGACGAGAGCUUGUCAAAAUGUCAAAAUCAAUGAACAAAACCCCCAUGGUCAAUGGCAAGAAUCAUCAGAAGCUGUUGAGCUUGAAAACUUUAGUGUGACCUACAAGAAUGAGAGAAAUUUUAGCAAACAUCCUGGUCAUAAGCUGUUUCAAGAGAUCUUUACAUCUUUAGUUAAGAAUCGACUUACCUGCGGGGAAUGGGUUAAUCAAGCUUCAUCCAUCCAUUUUCUUAGAGUAUUAAUCUGUCUGAGAUUAUUAAUAAGGGAUCCAUGCUAUCAGGAAAUGCUCCACAGCUUGGGUGCGAUUGAAAAUCUAGCUCAGUAUAUGGAUACAGUAGCAAAUGGCUAUCUUGAUUACGGAGAAGAGCAGCAUAAUGUAGACAAGCUGGUCAACAUGACAUACAUUUUCCAAAAGCUUGCUGCUGUUAAUAAUCAAAGAGAAUGGAUUAUAGCAAGUGGAGCACAUAAAACCUUAGUAAAUUUGUUAUCUGCCAGAGACACCAAUGUGCUUUUGGGUGCCCUCCUUGCUCUGACUAGUCUAGCAGAAAGUCCAGAAUGUAGGGAGAAGAUAAGUGAGCUCAGCAUUGUUGAGAACUUGCUGGUGAUAUUGCGUGAAUACGAUUUGCUUUCUAAAAGGCUCACAGCAGAGUUGUUACGUCUCCUCUGUGCAGAGUCACAGGUCAAAGAGCAAAUAAGAAUGUAUGAAGGAGUUCCAGUCUUGCUCAGUUUACUCCAUUCUGAUCAUAUCAAACUUCUAUGGAGUGUAGUUUGGAUUCUGGUACAGGUUUGUGAGGAUCCUGAGACUAGUGUGGAAAUCCGGAUUUGGGGUGGAAUUAAACAGCUCCUUCAUAUUUUACAGGGGGAAAGAAAUCUUGUUUCUGAUCGCUCUUCAGUUGGAAGUUUAUCCAGUGCGAAUGCAGCAGGGAGAAUCCAGUAUUUUCAUUUGUCAAAUGAUUUGAGUCCUGAUGAGAUGCAAGAAAAUACUUUCUCAGUUCAAGCAGCCUGUUGUGCAGCUAUUACUGAACUGGUGCUCAAUGAGACUAACUCUUACCAGGUUGUACAGGCAAAUGGAAUAUAUACAAUAGCAAAGCUGAUUUUACCAAAGAAAGAAAGAAAUGUUGAAAACGCUAAUUUAUUACAG